AUGAUUCCUCCUAAACCACCGUCUCCUCCACCAACAACUCCUCCAAUUCCUCCAUUAUCACCUCCUCCGAUUAUUCCAUCAAGAAUUGGAAGAGCCGAAGAGAAGGCAAGGGAAGCAAUCAGAGCAAUGGCAACUUUGGAUGAACACAUGACGGAAAACUGA